AUGCAUCUCACAGUCUCGCUGUGUUUUGUCGCUGCCCUCGUGGUCGCCGUCAGUGGAAAACACUACGAAGCCAACUGGCACUCUAUUGACUCGCGUCCUCUGCCGACAUGGUACGACAAGGCCAAGGUGGGCAUCUUUCUCCAUUGGGGCGUCUACUCGGUGCCCUCCUUUGGCUCAGAGUGGUUCUGGUCUCGUUGGCAGGGCUCCAUUGGCAAGGAGAAGAAUCCCAAGUACGCAGAGUUCAUGAGGAAGAACUAUCCGCCCAACUUUACUUACCAGGACUUUGCGCCGCAGUUUACCACCGAGUUCUUUGAGCCAAAAAAGUGGGCAGAGAUUUUUCAAAAAUCAGGUGCCAAGUACGUCGUGCUGACAAGUAAACACCACGAAGGGUACACCCUGUGGCCGAGCAAGUACUCGCCCAACUGGAACGCCAUGGACGUCGGUCCAAAGCGAGACCUGGUGGGCGACCUCGCCAAGGCAGUCCGCCACCACAACCUCACCUUUGGUCUGUACCACUCACUCUUUGAGUGGUUCAACCCGAUGUACCUGAACGACCACAAGAACCACUUUACAACCAAUGAUUUUGUGACAAAGAAGAUUCGACCUGAGAUGGAGGAGAUGGUGAACGAAUACAAACCAUCACUGAUCUGGUCAGAUGGCAUUGGCAACGGCGCCACCGAUGCGUACUGGGGCAGCACUGACUUUCUUGCCUGGUUGUACAACUCAAGUCCGGUCAAGGACGAGGUGGUGGUGAAUGACCGU